AUGAAAUUCUUCCUAUUUUUCGCGGCACUUUGUUGGGGUUUCCGGUUGGGUGGGGCCGAUUAUGUGCGGGCUUGCUAUUUUACAAACUGGGCAAAGUAUAGACAAGGGUGCGCGACGUACAAUGUGACGCGAGACUACAUUCCCGGGCUAUGUACGCAUAUUUUGUUCGCAUUCGGGUGGAUGGACAGCACUUUUCAUGCGAAAAACUACGACGACACAGAUAUUGCAACCUCCUGGGCAGGUGCCGGCCAAUAUUCAAUGGUCAACGGCCUAAAAACAACCGAUAAAAGCCUCAAAACCCUUCUUUCCUUCGGCGGCGCCAGCUUUCCACAAUCACUAAUGCAGCAAAUGACGGCCACAUCCUCAACCCGUUCAACAUUCAUCCAAUCGGCCAUUGCCUGGGUGCGACAAUAUGGGUUUGAUGGGAUUGAUAUCGAUUGGGAAUACCCGACAACAUCAGAUAAAGCCAAUUACGCGGCGUUCGUCACGGAACUUCGAGCAGCCGCCGAAGCGGAGAGUGGGCAAAGUGGAAAGGCCAGAUUGCUCGUGACAGCCGCCGUGGCAGCUGGAUCCUCGAAUUUCGCGGGUUAUGAUGUGGCGGCGAUGGCCAAGGCGUACGACUACAUCUUCUUGAUGAGCUACGAUUUCUGGGGGGCUUGGUCGAGUAUUUUGGGGAUGAACGCGCCACUUUAUGCGCAGAGUGGCCAAACCGCGCCCAGCAAUCAGUACAAUGUGGAUUGGGCGACAAAUGCCUGGGUGCAAAUGGGGGUGCCGAAAAAUCAGCUGGUCAUCGGAAUGCCGGCUUAUGGUAGAGGAUGGACAUUGGGGAAUGCGGCAAAUAUCCAGCCGGGAGCUACCGGAAAUACCCCAGCACCAUCGGGGCCAUAUACACAGGAGUCUGGGAUACGAGCAUAUUAUGAGCUGUGCACCUUCCUAACAACAUCCGGAACGACGCGCUAUUGGCAAUCGGAUCAGGAAGUGCCCUAUCUGGUGGCAUCUGGCCAAUGGUGGUCCUAUGAUGAUAUCGAAUCUUAUAAUGACAAGCUCGACUACAUCAAAAAGGGUGGCUACGGCGGUGCGAUGGUUUGGGCGCUGGAUAUGGACGAUUUCAACGCGGGCUGCCCACAAUCCAACGGUCUCUACUAUCCGUUGAUUGGGACGAUUGCGAAGAGUUUGGGCGGGAUUAUUAUUCCGGGUCAUAACGGCACCUCAACACAACCCACAAAUCGACCCACCAAUCCUGCGACAACCCAGAAAAGUGGAACAACGAGGACGACGACCACGACGAAGGGAGUGACGACAACAACGACACCGACCAAGGGCUUCUCCUGCGUGGGCAAAGCAGACGGCUUAUACUCGGACCCGGCCGACUGUUCCUCGUACUAUUGGUGUCUCUCCAAUGUCCCAUUCCAUUAUACAUGUCCGCAAGGGCUCCUCUUCAACCAAAUGAACAAUCAAUGCGAUUGGCCGGCAAAUGUCAACUGUCCAAACAGCUUC